AUGCGCCACCAGUCCGCGGCGGAGGCCAGCGCGCAGGCGCUGCUGCAGGACAACGCCAACUGCGUGGCCCACGUGCUGCAGAGCAACUUCUUCAGCCGCACGGCCUCGCCCUCCGUGUCGGCCAGCUGGGAGCGCGCGGCCUCGCGCCCCCCCAUCAACGUCAGCCCCUACGUGCACACGCGCGACUGCGGCGGGCGCCGGCGCUCCACGGCGGCCAGCUGCCAGGCCGUGAUCGGCACGCUGCAGGACGCCAUGCGCGCGCUGCACGCGGACGACACGAGCAGCUACCGGCGCGUGGAGAGCGAGCUCUUCGGCGCCGACCUGCUGCUGGACGCGCGCGUGCUGGACUCGCUCGUGCCGCGCACCAAGGAGACGCCCUACCGCUACAUCGGGCUCAAGCACGUCAAGUACCGGUCGAUGCUGGACGAGCGCCACGCCGAGGAGUUCCUGCUCAUGGAGACCGUCGGCCGCGGCGUGCACCCCGUGACGGGCCACAAAUUCAUCUUCAAGAUGCUGCGCUCCGUGGACGUGCCCGCGCGCGAGUUCGAGAUGCGCAGCGCCAAUAGCCACCACGCGCAGCUGCAGGUCCACCGCGGCGCCAUCCACGCCAUGCUGCUCGUGCUGGCCGAGACCAGCCACCGUGGCAUCCUCAAGAUGCAGCUCUGGCUCGACGUCGAGCUCACCAAGUGCGCCGAGCCCUUCUACGGCGCCUUCUCCAGCCUGCACGACGCCUACAGCCUGUCCAUCAGGUAUCGACAGCUCGUGGAGAACUACGCCGCGACCAGCGGAGACGCCGCCAUCGCCGCGUCCACCAAGACCUCGCGCUUCGGCAUCAUCACGUCGCGCUCGAACCGCGAGCGCAAGUGCCAGACCUGCCAGCGCGCGCUCGGCUUCUUCUCGAGGAAGAAGAAGCACCUGUGCAAUGUGUGUGGCAUCUUCGUGUGCUCCUCGUGUUUGUCUACUACGUCGUUCCAGAACUGGAAGCUCUGCGGCCUCUGCUACCAGCGCAACAAGCGUCUGGUGAACCGGACGCGGGUGUCCAAGAUGUCGUCCCUCGCGUCGGGCCUGGGCGGCACUCUGCAGAAGAUCACGCGCAUCGGACGCAGCUACAGCAGACAACGCGACUCCAUCCUGUUCGCUACGGCCGAGGCCGCCGGCGAGCUGCCUCCGAACCCGAUGCAGGACACCAAGGUGCGCGCUAACGAGCGCUUCGCUACGCGGGACCCGGCCCGGAGACGCCGCCUGGAGGACGACGAGAUGCUGUUUGACCACGACACCAAGCCGCUGGCCAGGAGUGUUAUCGGCGUUCGUCGUGCUGUGCGUGGAAGCGCUAAUCUGGACCUUCGCCCGGACUUCAAUGCGACCAUGGGCGUCAGCCGGCCGCAGCCAAUUAACAACUUGAGUAUGAGCCAGGGCCCGGUCAGGAAGCAGAGCAGAACGCGCUCACUGCUGCACAGAGGCAAGGGCUCGUACGACCCGAAGGAGGACAUGAGUAGGGAGUUGAGCGCCUCCUUCUUCGACGGCACGAACGGUUCCUUCCGGACUAGCGAGCUGAGCAGCAGCCACGUCCAGAUCAGCAGGAGUAGCAGCUUCGCCGAACAGAAGCUCGACAGUAACAGCACCACGAGCUCAGGCAGCGGAGAGCGCCAGGACAGCCCGACUCCGGAGCCCGACAUCCAGCGUGUUGGCCCGCAGCGCGUGCCUGCUCCGGCCCCCGCCAAGCCCAUCGAGCAGCCUCGAUUGAGCAACUACCCGCCGCGUCGCUCGAACCCGAUGCACCGCGUCCACAGCGGCAGCGGACGAUCCCGUGUGAGCAACUCCUCGCGCAGCAGCUCGUCUUCUUCUUCUCGUCGCAGCUCGUCUUCGUCGCAGUCUCGACGCAGCGCCUUCAAGGGCUGGGCCUCGGCUUCGGCUGGCCCUCGCAUGACGUCCGGCAAGUCCAACUCUUCGCGCAGGUCGACGAAGUUUGCGGACGACCACGAUAACCACAUGCCAGCCGGUUGGCGCGCCACGGGCUACGACGAGUUUGGCGCCCCUAUUAAGCGUGGCCGCAUGUCGUCGAACUUGUCGGACUACGACGACCAGCCGCAGCACGCUCGCGUCUACGAAUGGAUCUAA